AAAAACGAUGCCAAAUCCAGAGGAACUAAGAUGAGGAAACCGAGUGCCACACAUGCGUGUUGUAAAUGUUAAUGGUCCCCGAACAUUUAAAACCCUAACGAAUAAAUUCAGCUAAACCAAAAUAAAAUAUGCCAGAAGCGUUCGAGAUUGGACUAAGGAACUCAAGAGGAACUAUUAGCACAGAGAAGAAAUCGAGGCAAAUGUGAAACAUAUGUCUGUAAGAGUGUGUGGGGAGUUGCAGCUUCCAAUUUUCCCUUAUUGUUCUUUUCUGGCAACGAAUUGAAAUUGAAUUAAGCACUUGCACAGACAAUAAAAAAAUAAACAGGGCCAGCUGAGCAAUUCAAUUAAGAAGACAAACGAAUCGAUCCCAGUUCCAUUCCAAGUUAGAGGACUUAACACAAACCUCAACAAAGACAAAAGGGCCACAAGAGAGAAACUGGGUAUUAAUCCGGCUCGUUCUAUGCCACAUCCUGAGCAAGUUCCAACCCAGCGGUAACCAAGAUUCUCGUCUACAAAAUGUCCCUGGCCGACAUGGGCACAGCCUCUCGAUCCGCAGGCGGCGGGGAAGGCGGGCGACACUAUGAUCUGGCGACGGGCGGAGGUGGAGGAGGAGGUCAUCCGGCGGGAGGUGGUUUACCCGGGGGUCGUAUGACGCACUCCCUCAGCACUCCCUCUGGGGUGGAUGGCACACCCUCAACUCCCCGUCACCGCGGAGGCAAAAAGCUAACCGUUCGCAUCCAGAUGCUGGACGAUUCGAUCACCAUGUUCCAAGUGCAGGCUAAAGCAAUAGGACGUGUGCUGUUUGAGCAAGUUUGUCGCCAGCUAAAUUUACUCGAGGCCGACUACUUUGGCUUGGAAUACCAGGAGGUGUCGACACAUACCAAAUACUGGCUAGACCUGGAAAAGCCAAUGAAUCGCCAAGUGGGCCUCUCACUCAUCGAUCCAGUGCUGCGCUUCUGCAUCAAAUUCUAUACACCCGACCCAGCGCAGCUGGAAGAGGAGUAUACCAGGUAUUUGUUCUGCUUGCAAAUCAAACGGGAUUUGGCUACAGGUAGUUUGCAGUGCAAUGACAAUACGGCGGCCCUUAUGGCCAGCUACGUUGUUCAGGCGUCAUGCGGCGACUUUGUGCCUGAGGACUAUCCCGACCAUACGUAUCUGUCCUCUUACCGCUUUGUGCCCCAUCAGGAUGCCACCAUGCAACGCAAGAUUAUGGAAAACCACAAAAAGCAUGUGGGCCAAUCGCCUGCGGAGGCGGAUCUUAACCUACUUGAGACGGCACGGAGGUGUGAGCUUUACGGCAUGAAAAUGCAUCCGGCGAAAGAUGUGGAGGGAGUGCCACUCAAUCUAGCUGUUGCCCACAUGGGCAUUACGGUCUUCCAGAACAUCACGCGCAUCAACACUUUCUCCUGGGCUAAGAUACGCAAGAUUUCAUUCAAGCGCAAGCGCUUCCUUGUCAAACUGCAUCCCGAGGGUUAUGGCUAUUACAAGGACACCGUAGAGUUCUUUUUUGAAGGCCGUAACGAGUGCAAAAACUUUUGGAAGAAAUGUGUUGAGAAUCAUGGAUUCUUCCGUUGUACGGCUGUACAAAAUACGCCUCGUCGCAAAACACGCGUCCUCUCCCGAGGCAGCUCAUUCCGCUAUAGCGGCAAAACGCAGAAGCAGAUUAUCGAGUUUGUCCGCGAGAAUUAUGUAAAGCGUCAAAACUUCCAAAGGUCUCAGUCGUUCCGGCAAGGGCCACUGAAUGCUAGUAGCCGAAGUCAAUCGCAUACGUAUGUGAAUUCCAGCAUUUCAGCCAAUCCCCUACUCCCAAUUGACACUGCGGCAUGGGAUUAUCGCAAUCAAUGCAACGACUCGACGACCCAUUCUCUGACGAAGAGGGCAGCGGAUACCUUGGAUCGCCGACGCGACAAUCCUAUCGACCACAUGCGUUCUCAAGUCACAGCAGCCCAGGUGGAGAUCUAUCAGACGAAGAAUUAUGCAGCGGACUCGCCAACCUCCCAGGAGGAAGCGGAAUGCUCGGCGGCGGCGGCGGAACGGCAACACCACUCGGGAGUGGCUAUGGACCAAAUGAAUUCGAACCGCUCACUUUCACCCCAGGGUCCGCAGUCGUGGACUAUACCCACCCACCCCAGUCUCUGCCAACAGCGCGUUCCCGAUCACUCUUGUGUGCCUCCAGGCGAUCCCAAUUUAAGUCUGAGCCACUUGUCCCACUUGAACAGCAGCAGCACCCCUCGUCGAGUCUCAGUGGGAUCCCAAGCGUUUGUCCCUGCGUCGCCGCAGCUCAUCAGCAUCAACACGCACAGCAGCAGCACCAACCACAACACUAUGCACAACACCAGCACAGUGGGUCGUUCGGUGGAUCUCAACAGCUCCAUGGAGUUGGAGUUGGAGGAGGAGGCGGAGGACCCGGGAACUGUGGACACGGAGGAGGAGGGGGAGGAGGAAUUAGUCGAGGAGGAAGCGGAUUCGGACUUGACGGCAUCUACAAUCAAUCGGGAGACUAUGGGGGCAGCCUCAGCGGCGGCAGCAUCGGCCUCGGCUUUGGGCUCGGGCUUGGCCAGUGCCCAUCGUCCGCAGCUUCGGUCACAGGAGUCCCAGUCGCAAACUGUCACGCCAGUCCAUUAUAGCAGUACCAGUUAUUCGAUGUCUAAGCAGUGCAUGCUUAACAACGCCAACGCCAACGCCAACUCGACCGAAACAGAGACGGACAACAUAAUCUACACCGACAUCAACGACAUGGGGCACUACAAAUAUCCGGACUUUCACAGCUCCGCUCACCAGGAGCAUAAGAUCUCGAAUAGCGAGCACUUGAAUCUUAACGAACGGAACGACAUAUACGCAACUGUUAAUCGCAAGGCCAAGUCCAAAAUCCGUGAGAAGCAUUUCAGCGAUGAGUUCAUCGAUCAGUCAAUACUUCAGUACACGAGGGCCAAGCAAAUGGGGCUUAGCCAAGUUCCUGUUCUCUUGCAACAACCUAGCACCUCUGCUUAUGCAGCUGCUGUACAGGAAAGAAGUUACACCAGCGGAAACUAUCAAUAUCACAAUGAUCUCAAUCACCCCUCGGAGUCUUCAUCCUCCUCCUAUUUUGGCACUGGAUUCGGCACCAAGCGCUAUGGUCAAGGGGAACGGACAAAGCUUGCCCAAUCCGAAAAUUACCUUACUCCUUCGAUGGACUCGCAGAGCUCCCGUCACACUCACUCACUCCCCCGAAACUCGGAGCUAUCUGGAGUUGAUUCAGUGGACUCGUAUGACAGUCACUACAUCACUCAUCACUCGGUGGGCAUUCUUCCACCCACCCGUCUCUCUUCCUCAUCGGAGAAACUUGAAUACCAGCUGGCUUCGGGUAAUCUCUAUUCUACGACUCAGUUUGUAAAACCCGAAGGAGCAGUCGCACACUACAUGGACGAUGAAGAGGAAGAGGAGGAAGAUGAAGGUGAGGAGGGCGAGAAUAUUUACGACCAGGUGGAACGAGAGUCAUGGCUAAAGAGCAGCUCUUGCAAAGAUCUCUUCGAGCGCUACAGUAGCUCCUACUACGAUCGGGAGCUACCUAAACCCAUGACCGCUUUCGACAAGGAGUUCCUUUCCUCCAACCGGAUCGACUCGCCAGUGACUCGAUACGAUGAUUCCAGGCAUUCCUUAUAUGUGACAAAGAAUCAUUCGAUCGAUGCACACCAGGACUUCUCUCCAUUACCACAAAGCAAGGUAUACUCUUCAAGUUACCCGGGUAGCACUUACAAUACCCAGGAGCAUAAGCGCCAGCACGGCCAUCAUCUGGACUACUCGGGUUCCCAAGACGACAUCUCACAGGACAGCUACGAGCUGCUGGAGAAAUACGACAUUGACUUCUUUGGAGGACGUGGCCGCUCCGAGGACCAUAUCCGGUCCUGUUCACUGGACUCUGGAAACUACAUACCAAGUGACGACGAGUCGGUAUCUGAGGGCCAUCAACAGCACAAGUAUCGCUCGGCAAUCGACGUCAAAUCAAAGUCUGCGGCGGAUAUAAUGAAUGAGAUCUGGGACGCAGAGGACCCUCGCUAUUUGCCGCGCGAGAAGCUCUCAGUUAAGUCGGACGGCAACUUCUACAAAAAGAUUCAGGAGGCUCUGACCCGCACAUCUAGCCAGGAGAGCCAAAGUGAGCUGUUCGAGACAAAAAUUUCGCGCAGCUCAGACUCCAGCAAGAAGUCCCGCGACAGUCUCUACCACACAGAUAGCAAAAAAUCUCGGGAGACAACCAAGAGCAAAACAUCGGUGGUUUCUAGCCAGGAUUCCAAAGAAUCGUUAGUGGGUGAUUGCUUUGGACGAAACUACGAGAUGCCCACCACCACCGGAAAAAAAGUGAAACAGUUUACUAAGAAAGAGCUCUACGAUAAAUUCGCCCAGUCCAGUCAGGACUCGAAGAGUGAUUACUAUGAUGCCGUCGAAGCUGGCUUAGAACCAACACCGGAGGGCCUAUACUCUAGGCCAAAGGUUAAGAGUCACGAUUGCCUGCUUUCGGACACACACAGCUCCACUGCAAACAGUUCGUUCUAUGACAGCCGAGAUACUUACUCCACGUUCCCCAGCAACAAGACGCAUAAGACAUCAAAGGUACACUCUAUCAGCCUGCAGAAUGUGGAGAUAGAACGCAAUGCCAAGUCCUUCGGCAGCAAGUCACCGGAAUCUGUAUCGACUCCGGCUUCUGGAAAACGCUGUCGCGAAAAGGAUAUCCAGACAGGAGACUCACUUGAUCAGAUGGCACCCAUUAAAAGAGGGAACUCACAAUCCUGCAAAAUAUCUGCUUUUCGUAGACGAUCGGACAGUGAGAAUAUCUUCAGCUUUGACCAGGAUCGCAUCGAGUGCAUCCAAAAGUACACCAAACAGUGGGAGGGCCAGCAGCCGAAAGACGAGAAAAGCAAGCAAAGUCCUGAGUAUCCGCUCACUCCCGAGCUCGUUUCGGAGUUUGAGAAGCAGCAGGCGCGCCUGAUAGCCCACCAGAAGAUAACACGUAAGGAGGAGCUAAUGGCCAAGACGCACUUUGAGGAAUACAAUCCGAUUAUGGUGCCUUUAAAUUACUCAUCACAUGCUACAGUGGAGCGCACCAAGAGCGACCCUAACUCGCUGGCAAAUCGCGCCCGUUUGGGAAGCAAUUCUCGGCGCCAUGUGCUUAUGCACCAGAAGUCCAUUGAUCUGACACCCGCUGAUUCAAAUUCCAGCGAUGAGGACUACAUCUACAAGCAGAUCCCGAGUGCUCCACCUCUUUGCAAGGCACAUGGUAAUUUUGAAAUUCCUAAGUGCUACGAUGGCACAACUUCUUCACAAGUCACUCAGGAGCUGCCCAAAACUGGCUUUGAGCUUCCGAAAAGCUUCUUUAGGGAUUACGAGAGACGUUUUACCAAAGUUCUAAAGGAAGACAUUCCGUAUGUGCUUCAUAAGCGCCAUAUUAUGAAUGGCACCGCUCCUUCGCCCAGCGAGAAGAAACACACGAAGCCCAAGUCUCCAAAGUCCCCGAAAUCACCCAAGUCUCCAAAAUCUCCGAAAUCGCCAAAAUCCCCAAAGGCAAGCAGUGGAAUUCCAGGUGUUGGUGCAACCGACUUCCUGCCUGAUAUUCUUGACAGUUUGUUGCCUCCGGACACUAAAGAGUUCCUUUUCACGCAGAACAUUGACCUUUCAAAAGUGGACCCCAUCACUUUGGAGAUCGACAAGACCAUACCAACAAUUCAUCUUUCGUCGCCGAAGCGAGACAUUACAAAGCAGAUGGACGCCUCAACGCUUGAGAAACUCAAUAAGAAACUUAGCCAGAUUGAAAGCGAUUCGGCCACCAGUUCGCGAACGGAGAGCAUGCAGCAGCAAAAGCUUGAGCAAAAGCAAAUGGAGCUCAUUCAGAGUCUUCGCAAAGAGCUGCAGGCCAAUGCCCGAAAAGCCAAUAAGACACGGGUUAUUCCUAAGACCAAGUCGGCCGGAAAGUCAAAAAAAGGAAAGACCCGCAUUACCUCCUUCUCCUCCGAUGAUGAAAGCUUGGACUCGGAUGAUGUAUUUGGCUCAGCGGAAGCCAUACCCGAUCGUUUAGAGUUUUCGCCGCCGCAAUCACGUAAGGAGAUCGAGUCUAUUCUUCGCAUCGAGCAGAGCAGGCUCAUAUCAGCGGCUUGGGGUCGUGGGCAGACAAUGAGCUCCACAGAGAUUGAGGGUUCCCCCCCUCAAUGCCGGCGACUGGCUGAUUUAGAGAGUCGCUACCAAACCCAAAAGCUAGACCCUCAGUAUGCAAAUGCCUCUGAGCUGAGACGCAUCUCUGAGCGCUCUAUUUCAAUACCCUCAUCGGAGGAUGAACCCCAUAUGCCAAUGCGAGGCCGCAUUGACGAGUGCACGAAUGAUUAUCAGAGGAACGAGAACAUCCCUUCACCUAUUCUGGAGCAUGCCGAGUUCUUCCGUAGCAACGACGACAUUUACGAGACGUGCCACGAAGAGCGGAUCACUGGCUCAGACAUUGACUAUACUCUAAAGAAGCAGACAGCCAGCGGGGCCAAGUCCAAAGUGAAGUUAAUCGAAGAGAUAAUUGACUCUUCGAUUGUAAUGCGGUCCAAAGGUCAUGCUCCUAUCUUGUUCGCCCAUGCACGUCUAAAUCUCUCGGAGGGUUCAGUGUCCCUGCAGCGCCAGAAGGCAACACAACAGCAAUCGCCGACAACAGAGAGACGAACCAAGAGCCUGGACACUCCGGUAAUCUCGCUUCACCGCCUGCCUCCCAUGAACGCCUUCUCCUCAAAGGACGACACCGUGGGCUUUGAGGAGGAGGCAGAGAUUCUCGAGGAAAAGUCUCUGGAGCGGAAGAAUCAAAUGGCCGCUCAGGAUGAAGACACCGCCGACAGCGUUCACUCCUGUGCAGGUUCAAUACCCACACAGAGUAGUUACCAAGCAAACGGCAGAGAUUCGCUGCUAAGUGCAGUAACUAUCGAUAGCGAAGAAGCCCAACUGCUCAACCAACUGCGAUACAUCGAAAAAAUAGCCCUACAAGGCGUCAAGAUCAAGGACAAGAAAAAGUCAAAGAUGAAGCUUCGGAGCGGUGAUCACCUCAUCCUAAACAUACCAAAAUACAGAUUUACAGACUGGUCGCCCUACAGCUCAGCCAACAGCUCCCGUAAGACUUCGCCUGGAGUUUCCAGAGCCAGCAGUAUUGAGAGUACUGGUAAAGGCAAACUAAAGACCUCGGAACCCUAUAAAGGAAAGCCAGUCUCCAGAAGUCGUCCGGAGUCACGACGGACAAGCGCCGAUGAUAUAAAAGCAAGAGAUGGAAGGGGCAGUAAGAAAUCCAGUCCCAAAGAGCGUCCCAGAUCCAUCGAGAUGCGCCGCCUGAGCAAAGACAAAAGCAAAUCCCAAGAAGAGACCGAGGCAGAUAUUGCCAAGCGAAAGGAACGCCAACAGAAACUAUACGAAUCAGCAAUGAAACAGACCAUCACCAUGCUAAGUCCGGUGAAAGACACAUUGCCGGCCUUUCCCGCUCCCGAGGAUAAAAUCCUCGUAAAGACAGACGGCGACAAGAUAAUUAUUGAAACAGAGUUCAAAUCAAAGGCUGAAGAUCAUGUUUUGAUCGCCAAAAGUCCCAGAAAACUUGACAAUUCGCUUGUGAAGUUCAGCCGCAGCUUUGACGAGGGACGCAGUCCUGACAAGCUGGAUAAAGCAAACCGCAGCUUUGAGGAUCGCAACAAAUCCUUCGAAGACUCCGAGAAGUCAGACGCUCCCGAAGACAUGCUCAUAAAAUCGCCAAAGAAAAUUGCCAAAGCGCAGGAACUGAAGCAAAAGAUCGAGGGCAGUGUUGUCCACAAGAAGAUAGAUGGAAAAUCGAGUAGUCUCGAGAGACCAGCCGAACAUCAUUACCUCGGUCCAGAUGUCAAGGCGCGCAGUCUUGAUGACAAAAGACAGGCGACCGAAGCGGCAAAGAAAAAUGAGGAGAAACCUGCAUCAGUGGCUAGAAGUGCUGUCGGAGAUCGCCGAAUGUUUGCCCACCAAUAUCAAGUCCAAGAGCCUCAUCAGGAGGAUAUCGACAUGCAAGCGGUGAUCUCGGAGCGACGAUCCCUGGAAAUCCUGAAACGUUCUCUACCCUCCGAAGAUGCCCGUGACAGCGAGGGGGCAUUCAGUCGUAAGCCCUCCACUGCCGAAAGCUUGGACUCAUUUGUCUCCGCUGAUGAUAGCCACUCGCCGGCCAGCAAGUCUCCAAUUCCAGGAGCAGGAGCCGGAACAGAGGGCUAUCCACACCGAGUGCCCACCAUAGAAUGCGAAGAGCCAUCCAUCGAGGAGGACGACAAUUCUUCGGAGAGGCGACAUCUUAAAGUUGGGAGGCAAGAUACAAAUAGGCUGAGUCUGGAUCGCAGUCGUAGCGAUGAAACAGGCUCGUGGAUGACCGUGGAAUGUGACGAGUUUAUAGGAUCGGAUACUUCUGACAAUGAGCCGCGAACUUUGGAACCUGAUCGAAAUGUUCUUGAGACGCAGGCUACUUUAGAAGAUGCCAACCCGCUUGAGUACUCUAACUGCGCCACUCCCACCUCAGACUUAAACAUCCUUUUAACGCCACCCAAUGCAAGUCCACAAAUCGAGAAGUCAGUGCUAGAGACUUUUGAGAAGUACACCGGCUCUUCGGACAGCAACAAAAAAUUAAAACAAAGCCUGGACAAGCAAAGCGACCGUUCCAAGAGUUCCGAUUCCUGGACAAGUGGAGAAAAGGACACAAGUCCGCAGAGGCAACAAGAUUGGAGCCUGUCGGUAGGCAAGGAGAAAAGCUCUGUGGAAGAGGAGUCCAGCGUCAGUUGUUCCAUCGCUCGACCCCUCGGUAUAUCCCAAGACUUUGGUAACGAUGAGGCACGCAGGUGCCAAGAACUCAAGCAGCGCAUGCUCCAGCUGGACGUAGGCAAAGAUGAGAUCUCACCUACGGGGUCCAACGAACAAACGCCCACAAACGAGCCUAAAGUUCUAGUUGGCAAGAAACCGACCACACCCACGCUCGAAAAGCAGAGCCCAAUCGACCUGGGUACCAGCACAGAGUCCUAUCUGGAUCCCAUUGAGGAACGCAUAGCUAAGAUAUUGGAUCGUGGCGGCGCACGCACAGAGGACAGUGAAUCCAGCUCUGGUGGAUCCCGCAAGCCACCGCGUAUUGAGAAACCGGCAAGGGCUAGUACGGGAAAGAAACUAUCGGUAACUCGGGCGGAACCGGGGAAAUCGGGCAGCGACCGCAGCUCCCAGGAGUCUAAAUCCAGCUUCGACUCCAAGGGCUCCCUAAGCGUUGAGUCGCGUGGUUCGUUUGAGACGGAAAGCAGUUCUGGGUCUCUAGGGGCGGCCCAAAGGCGUGGUGAUCUGGCGCAAAAGGAGCAACAAAGCACCUGGCGUCCGUUUCCCAUCGAGAGCUCAAACAGCUCUAGCACGGAUGAUCCCUGGCAUCAUGUGGAAACGGAUGGGGGCUAUGAGCGCUAUGAUGCCCAAAAUCCCUUGCGCGAUUCGUCGGACAGUGACGUGAAGGAAGUUUCCCCAGAUGAGCAGAAGGACGCCAGCGAUGCCAGCUAUCAGGAUGAGCUUAACGAUUUUCCGGCCACAUUCGGCUAUCCAGCAAUGACUAGUAGUCUGGGUGGAAUUGGUGUGAACCCGACUGACAUUAUUGGCUACAGUACUGGCUUCACCCUGGGCAGGACUCUCUCAAGGAUCUCGGAACGUAGCACUGCCUCCGAGAAGUCCAGCAUGGAGGAUGACGUGAGCAAAGCCUCGACCCAUUCUGUUAGUAUGCGAGAUGAAUCUGUAGGAUCCACGGACCACCAGCCCAGUUUAAGCUCCGAUUCAAGGAGCAAUACUAAUCUGGCUUACAUUUCGGAUGCUGAUCGACGCACCUCUGCAGAGAUGCCGGAAAUUCCCUGCGACUCAGCCACUGGCGACCGACUCUCCAGCUUGGGAAGUCUUAAUGAACCGAAAUCACCAACACUUGUCACUGGGCGCUUUUCUGUGACCCACGUAGAUGAACUGCAGGGCGACGAUGUGGAGCGGCACACACUUAUGUGUCUUUCCAAUGCGGGCAGUCAGGACUCGGAGGACUGGCCUUUGCCGGAGAUACCCUUUGACCACGUGCCGGUAAAGCCGGCCGACUCGAUGUAUGGCAUGCCGGACUUGGACAAGCCGGUGCCCAAGUCUUUCUGUUGGAAGGCGAGUUUGUCGUUUCAGCAGUCGCAGGAUUCCCUGGACUGGCCUUCGCCGCCAUCGAGUACCAUCGGAGCUCCCAUAAUUGUGGACAGCAUUGAAACAUACUAUACUAGUGAAGCCCAAAGUGCGGAUAAGGUGGUUUUGGACGAGGAGAUGGCAGCAGGACCUCCUGAUGUGGCCAAAGUUCUACCUUAUGAAGACACCGCCUACCUUAUGUCGGCAGCUUUUGAUGAUAAUGACUUUGGCAAUGAACAGUUACAACCGGAUACGGUUAGCUGCCUUAGCUCUACGUUAAGCGCAGCCUCAUGUCUCUCGUCCUCUCUAAAUGUCAGCUGCAGUACCUCUUCCACGCAGGCUACCGCAAGAGUUCAGCGCAAGAACUCCAGUCCCGAGGUGAUUGUCGCCCAGCCAACAAGGUCACCUGCUCCUAGGAGCCCUCUCUCGGAAGAAGAGCUUUUCUCUAGCGAUGAUGUCUUCAUGCCGGGCACUAUUAAAGUGCAACUAUCACCAGAUGCCCAACUAAGGAAGCUUUCGAGAGGCUCCAACAAUUCGGACACUUCUAUUGACGACAUUCUGUCGGGCAGCACAACCUAUCUGGAUGAUCAGACCACUGUGCGGAGGAACUAUGAAGCCCGUUUGAGCAGCGGUGGAGGGGGAGCGAGCUGCAAGAAGUGUAGCCACUCUAGUCACUCCGAGGAGGAAACCAGCUCAUUGGGCACAGACCUCGAUGGAACCGUGAGAAUGGGUGGAUUGCAGCAAAAGAAGUGCACACAUAGCUCUCAUUCGGAGGACACUUCAAUUGGUUUGAGCAUCUCGGAAUGGUCCACAGGGACAAACACAGUACGCCAGUACGCAAAUCUUUCCGGGUCAGAUAGCCUUUCCGCCGUGUCUACGCACUCAUGUGCUAAGAGUGAGAAAUCGAAUCAGACUAAAUCGAGUAUUAGUUCGAUCAACAAAUCGGCUGAAAGUCUAAACGAACAGAGCGGUGGUAGUAGCUUUUCGCACAAGUUCAGUGGGGAUAAUGGUUCCUCAGACGGCCUACGAUAUGACAUGCUCUCCAAUUCCGAGACCGAUAAGCUCAGUGAGCCCACCUCAGCCACUCGAAGUGAUGACACUACAUUGACCCUUACCGAAAUGGCCCACACUAUCAGCGAGUGGUCCACUUCAAGUAGUCGUACUCUGGUAGGCGUGACUCCUGGAGAGUAUCUUCCCCUUAAGCAGGCACUGUCGGGGAACAAAACUAGUCUGAGCUCGCCCAGCGAGGAAAAACGUUGCGCUCUGCCUCAGGUCCAUCGAAGAAGCGGCAGCAAUGGCAACCAGGCGAGAGCUUCGCAGGAGCACGUCGACACGGCAACUGGUCCAGAGACUAGUGCCGCCGCCCGGAAACGUCGCUCGCUGGAAAUGAUGUCUAAGCUAUAUCAGAGUCAGGAAAUAUGCUCUGAGUCAGAGUCGCCGUUUGUCGAGCGAUUGUAUGCGCAUAGCGAGAAGCUGACAGAGCGCUAUCAAAGCCAGGAGUUUGUUCCGCUCCACGGUGGAGCUCCUGGAACUCAACUCCCUCCACCGACCACUACUCAGAUCCAAACCCAGCAGCCCCAACAGGUGCGGCAGAAGCCGAGGGCUCCUCAACCACCGACUAAACCCAAACCUGCAGUCACUCGGCCUAUUAUGCAGGCUUUGCUUAACAAGAUGAAGCAACCUGGUCUGGCAGAGCAGGCAGCCGAAGCUGCUGAGGCUGAGGAAAAAAAAGCUAGGAUUACUGUUGCUCCGGCAGUGGUGAAGCCACCGCCACCACCAGUACCCACUGUGCCGCCUAUUGUGACCCCCAGCGAUUUGCCUGGAGAAGUGGUGGCUCCUCCACCCAAACCGCUGGCCAAGCAUCACAGCUAUGAUGACAGGACCCUGUCCAAGACUCAGAUCCGAGACUUCAAGACUACCAGCAAGCAGUUGCGCCAGUCGAGCUCCUUCCAUGAGCACAUGCUGAGUAAGUCGCAACAGUCGUCACAGGAGCUGCCCAUGAGAAUCGACGAGGAGCGGGAUGCACACUCCACGUCCUCGGCCACCAAUACAACCACCACCACCAACACGCUCAACAGUGAAAGUACAGAACCAAAUUCUCCACAAAUGCCUCAGCGGGCGGAUAAGUUAGUUCGCUGCUCACCAUAUUACUCGAGCAGUUUAAGCUCCGAGUCGCCACCAAAUCAGUUGCUUCAGAAACCGCCAAGAAAAACGGCAAGCCAGCUGAGCGCUGGAGCCAUAUCCACUACCUUGAAGAGUCCCCCCAGUGGCAAUGAUACAGACAGCUCGCUGGACGUACGGGGUCAAGAGGCAAAAAUGAGAAGUAGGGGCUACCGCAAGAAGCGUCAGUUGCCCGCCAAAAGGAUAAGGGCUAAUAUGACAGCUGCUGCUCUACUGGAACAAGCGGAGAGCUCUGAGUGCUCCGAGGGAUACGUACCGGAAAUUGAUUCGGGCAGCUCGGAAUACUCAUCCUGUCAGAGGGAUGACCAGUACCUUGAGUUUGACGAGGAACUGGAAAGGGAUCAGGAGCAAACAGACGAGUAUGACGACUACCCCCAGUAUGGUGGAAAAUUCGAGAGUCUGGACAUGUGCGACAAUGUGGACGAGAUGGGUUUUCCCCGUUACGACCGCCUUGGCCACAUCACUAAGCCCAUGUAUCAUCAAGCUUUGGUUAUGGAGCGUCCUAAUCCAGUGCAGGUUCCAGCCCCUGCUAAUCACCCAAUGCCUCCAACCACGGGGCAGCCGGUGAAGCCAGCUCGCACCAAGAAGAGGCAACUGAAAAGGGAGGACUCCACUGCGGCGGGACCUUCAGGUUUUUCGGGAAUAGUACCCACAGUCCGACCCUACCAUGGACGCAGUUACUGCAAUCCGGAGGAGAGCGAGUAUGAAACCCGAGGCGGCGGACUGUCCGAUGAACUGGCUAACUCUAGUGAGGAUAGCUGCAGUGGGUUUGGGGGAGAACCAGGAGUUUCAGGAUCGGGCACCAUACGAAGAGGUGCUCCCAAAGGAGCGGCACAGGAUCAGCAGCAGGGAACGGGAGCCCAAGAUGGACAGGUGCUGCCCUAUCCCGAUUUUUUGUCCGAUUACGAAACUGAACCCAUUGAGUACGAGCGGUACGCCUGCGGUCUGGAUAUACGUGUGGACCCGCCGCCCAAGUUUCACGACUCGGAUGAGCCAAGUGACCAGUAGGGUGGGAUCUUUAUGAAACUAGGAGCCGUAGUAGCCAAGUGAACCCCAAGAAACCCCAUUGCGUGUGCUUAACGAAUGCAGCCUUUUCAUUUGUUCCGUUGCCUUGGAAAUUUUUAGAACGACUCUACGUCUUUACACACGAUCCAAGUACUUAUAACCAACUUAUUUGUAACUGAGACUGAUUUACGAAAAGCUAAAAACAAAAAAAAAACAAAAAUCCAAAAAUCUUACAAGCUGCAUUAAAAAUCGAAAAACAAUUAUAACUCUCCUUGAAGCGUUAGAAAAUCAAAUCAAAUUCUAGUAAAAAACAUUUUAAUCAAACAUUACAAAACAUAACAAAUCAAAUAUAAUUAAAUAAUCGAGAUGAUGGCAGAAGCCUGUAGGUCGGUGUAGAUUGAGUUGCCUUUGAGCGGUAUCUAUAUAUGAUAAUGUUAUAGAUCAAUUCAACAUUUAAAUAUAUAUAUGAGCGGAAACGUUAAACGAGUUGAACAAAUUUUAAUGCACUGUUUAAUCAUCGAAUAAUGGAAUACAAGAAUACAAAUGUUUAAUUGUUAUUUAGCUAAUACAACACGAAUCGAGACACAAUACUUAAGAUUACAGUUAUCAAAUGAAUAUAUUAUAUGAUUAAUUCAAGUUGCCACGAACUCUGCGCAAUUACGUUCCGUAUUUCGUCAGAAUUGGUAGCGCAGGUAAUAAAAUCCUACAUAGCUGAGUUCCAAUCCAAGUGUCAAAGCCAGACAUACCUAAAAGAAAAUAUCCCGAGUAAAACCUCUAAACUAGUUACGUACACAUAUUCCCUAAGUUUAGUAAUCUGAGAUGAUACACCGACAAAUCAGCAAAAUGCUUUGAAACACUUAUCCUAGAAACACCAUUGGAAAAUGUUAUGAAAAGCCCUUCCAACACAUUUGGAGAACGUAAAGAAAGGUUCCCUAAACCCCAAUCUAAGGUAUUAUCCUAACAAAACUCGGCAUUAUCACAGUAUAAUGAAAGCAUUUACUCCAUGCUAUUAAGCGGUUUUUUAGCCAUAUAUAUUUUAUGUAGCACUUGAGCUAUAUAAGUUUUUAAUUUUACGGCAAACGUUUUUAGACGCAAGUUACAUAUUUAACUAUUACUUACGAUUCUCACAAGUGAACAAAUGUUGUCUUAGCCAUUAGUUCUGCCUAGUACAUAAAUGUGCCAAAUCGGAGUUCCGGGAAUGUAAACCCCUAUACCAAAAGUAUUAUAUAGAUGUACUUGUAAUGGGAGAAAAAGGAAUUAAUCCAAACCCUGUUAAGUUUUAAAUCCGUUUAGGAACCCAUAUACCUAUAUGGGAUAGAUUAAUGUAUGUUUGUUCUUUAAGUUUACGAAAGAUGGAAAAAGAUAUUUAAGGAUUGUUAGGGAAGAUGUGUGGAAGGAGAUUGGUAUUAGGCAACGUAAGUCGAACAAUAAUUUUAAUAAUUUAAUCCAGAUCAAAAGUAUUCGAAUCAAAAUAUAUAUUUGUGUUUAGAUUUAAUGUAAAAUUAAAUGAGAUCGAAAAUUGGUUAUUGCUUGUAUCUAAGUUGAUUGAACAAUCCAUUUCAAUCCGAUAUACCCCAAACAAAUUAUUUUAAAAUGGUAUAUUUUUAACAUCCUCACGUAGAGUUUUAAAAUACAAAUUUUUUGUUGCAAAAAGAAGUAAAGUAGUUUAAAUUAUUUCUAUUAAAAAAUUAAACGUGUAUUUGCCUAAAGAAUACAACACCCUCGAAAACACUAGCUGAAUUUUAAAAUCUAGAAAAAACUAAACUUUGCUUUGUAAUACAAAAUUAUAACUCAAUAAGGAUUAUUUUGGACAAAGUUCUUUUUCUCACAUAAAGCCAAAAGAUUACACAAUCGAACAGAAACAAUGAUGGGAGUCUUAUAAUAAUGAAAACCAAUGAAAUGUACACGAGCAAUCGAUUUAACAAGCAUUAAAUUAUAAUUAUAUAGAAACGAAACUAAAUAAAUAAAAAUUCAUUAAU